AUGUUUGGACGACUAUUAAUCAUCGUCAUUCUUCUGACAGCAAUAUUUGCGAAAGAGAUACAAGAGGAAUUUCUGCACUUUUUCAAUAAGAGUUAUGGAAAUGCUUAUACAGAAUAUCUUGCACGGCAAGGCCUGUACCAGCAGGAAUUGCUCGAAGCUAAAGAGAAGGCUAUGGACGCUCUACGUCGAGAGCAUUACUUAUUAACUGAGCCUAUCGAUGCCUAUAAAUCCGAGAAACCAGCGCCAAUUAGAGGGCAGGACAAACCAAUAUCCGGCCCCGAUGAGAUAGACAUAUUGUUGCUGAAAAGGUUCAAUAUUAAUGUAAACGAUCUACAAGCGCGUGAUAUUCGAGCACUGAAACACACGGAAUGUUUUAAAAUUGUCAGAUUUUGCAGUAUGACGACGUCAAGCCGUUUCUACGAUUCGACUCCACAACGAACGUUCAGAAUUAUAUGCGAUGGACAUGAAUUAUAUGCAAAUGGUGGCUAUCUGGCCGCUAUGAGUAAUUAUUUUCAAACAAUUUGUGACGGUCAAUAUAUUGAGUCCUUAAAUCGGACGGUCAAACUCCCGGAUGUCCCUGUCUCAGAAAUGGUCGAAUUUUUGGAUUAUGCUUGUCCAAAUGACGAGAGCUGCGAACGAGAAACACAAAUAACAGAAAAAAACAUUGUCGUCAUUUACACACUUGCCGAUCGUUUUCUCUUCCCGUCGAUUCGGAAAGAGGUUGAAUGGUUUAUUAAACAGCGAAUUCACCUUCAAAAUUCAUUUUCCAUCGACACACUGCUGGAUUUGGUGAUGUUGAUGAAGGAUAAUCUUUUUGAUAAAACAGUGAAGCCAAAGUUGUUCCAUAAGCUGGCGAUAUUUGGGGUUGAAGCCGUUGGGAAGGUGGGUGCUGAAAGGAGGGCGGAUAUUGUUGACCAGGAAUUCAUUUUGAAGACGAUGGGAGAACAUGUGGAUUUUUGGACUGGCCGUGCCCGCGACAUGGGCUGGGGAAUCUGGGAUUUCGUUCUCGGCUACAUAUCCCUUGAAGUCCGAACAAUCUCUUUCGACCCGAAUGUCCCAUGCGGAGUCUGGUCUUGCGGUGUGGCUAGGAUUGAUGCGGAAAGUGGGCACAAAUUUCGCCCUGCCUUGGAGCCAAUACCAAGUGUUUCGCAAGCAAAAGAAACCCAAGAAUGCAAACAAGACGAAGAAGGGCAAGAAAAACUACAGCAAAAAAGCGACGAU